CGAACAUUUGCAAGGUGAGUUUUAUUAUAAGAAUGACUCAAGGUCUGGCCCGGUCGGCGUCUCCUUUGUCGCUCACUAUUGUUAAGAAGUAUUGGUAUCCUAUAAAUUUGAGGACUAGGACAACUAGCACUAGGAACAUCCUAACCAGGGUCUCUUCGCCAAGAUGGCAUUCAGUAUAACACGCCCGUCCUCUCCUCAACUACCUCCUUCUACUCCUGUAGAUGACCAUCUUAGCACAGCUCUUCACGCUGCUCUCAGUCGUGUACACGACGACAUGGUUCACCAAGACAGAUCACAUCACCCACCACCUGACAAGUCUCGCAUAGACAUCGUCCUAGACUCUGAGGUCCUUGCACUAAAAGGCACAACAGUAGACGUCGAGCCUGCCUUGCUUUCUGGACAUGUCGUCCUCACUCUCUCCGAGGCGACAUCCAUCAAGGAGAUAAAUCUCCAAUUCCGUGGCAAAACCCGCGUGCCGCCUCCUCUCCACGACCCAAUCUCCCUGAACUCAUCUGGGCAGACAUUCAGCCUCUGCACAUAUGAUUGGUCCUUCCUCGAAGGCGAAAAACGCCACUCCCACACCCUCAAAGCAGGUAAACACCUGUUCCCAUUUUCUCUCGCCCUUGGUGGAUCUCUCCCCUCCUCAAUCUACCUCCCCACCACCAACCCCUCCUCAUUCAUCUCCUAUAAACUUCGUGCAACCGCCGUCCGUCCUGGCCUCGCACACAACCUCCACGCAUCCCACCCCGUCACCCUGAUGCGAAGCUUCGCAGCAGAUUCUCUCGAGUUUCAGCAGACCCUCGAAAUAGAGAACACAUGGCCUGAAAAACUCAUGUACACUCUCGUCCUCCCCCAUCGCGCCUGGGCUGCUGGUGAUACCCUCACCGCACUCUGCAAAUUUAUCCCUCUCGCCAAAGGUGUCCGCGUCCUCAGCGUCCUCACUAACAUCAAUGAAACUGUGAAGAUUCCUUCAAGGGGGAGCGAUUACACCAGAGCCGUCGUCGCUACAAAACAUGAGGUCGCUCAUGGCAAACUCAACCUCGUUAGCGAAAGUUGGUAUGGCAUCAGGCAACCCCUCGGCCCAGGUGCUACAUUGCACCCUCCUGGUUCUACCGGUGUCAGUGCGCCCAUAUCCCCUGCCAUGGAGGAUAGACCAUCAAGUUUUAAUCCACCCGAUCUAUCCCUCCGUCAAGUCCCCAGCACACCCUCUUCGUCCUCUUCCCACUCUCACCCUCAGCCAACCGCAAGCUCCUCCACUGUCCCUUUACAUGAUCACGAUCCCUCACACGACGAACCCACGGACCCUGCUCUAGAUGAAUUCACCUUAACAGACCUUAUCUCCCCGCUCUCCCUUACCCUUCCGCCAACCCUCCCCCCGUCCCACUCUCUCGACCCAAUCCACAUCUCACACCGCAUACGCUGGUCCAUCCUCAUGUCAAACCUCGACGGGCACACUUCUGAACUCCGCUGCAGCCUCCCCUUAACCAUACUCGAUGGCCGUCUCCUUGCAGAGGCUCGUGCUGGCGGGCGCUGGGUCCGCCGCGUCGUCUUGGGCGAUCACGUCCAAGGUGAAGGCGAGAGCGCUGGCACUGGCAUUUUCGGGGAAGGAGAAGACAACGAGGAGGAAGGUGAGACGCUCCCCAGCUACACCGCCCACGUCAGGGACCGCGUCGCCAACGCCUUCCUACCCGCUGGAUCCACCGUGCGUGUCGCCAACCCGUACGUAUCCACAGCACCCCACAUCUCCCAUACACCAGGCAGUGCCACCAGCCCAUCCCUCCUGCCGCGUUCAGGAACAAGUUCACCUCCACACCCGCAUGCGCAUGCACACGGUCACGGACCGGGGCAUACACUUCCACACGGCGUACUCGAUUGGGUCAAUUCAGAACUAUUAUCCCGUCGUCCGCGCUCACCGCACUCGAAUUCUGAUCCUACGAGCCAAGUUCCAAGUCGGCUUGUUUCGCGCGCGCCUAGUCCCGAGCGGCGUGUAUGGGGAGCGAUGGGGCCACCUGUAACUAUCUCUGCCCCGGAUUCGCACAGACCUGCUCAGGCUGUAGUAUCUGGUUCAGAAACGCAUAGACCUCCGGUGGUAUCAGGUCCUGAAACAUACACCCACUCACCGCCUGCAUCCCGUACGCGAGGCACGUUGCUGACUGUCGCGAUGAAGCCACUUCCUCAUGGGUGGCUUAGUGGAGGAUCGAGGAACGGGAGCCACUCGAGUCUUGUGGGGAUGACCGGUGGGCACGGGCACGGGCACGGGCAUGGGCAUGGGUUAGGGAUGACGAGUGUUAGUGGGUCGUAUGGGGUGUCUGGGCAUGGGGGUCUAUCUGUUUCUGCUGGAUCUGGCGGUGUGAGUAUGGGCGGAGGUGGAGUUACCCAUUCCCAUCCCCAUCCCCAUUCACGAUCAUUCGGAAAUCUGGUAUCGCCACUUCAACCGCUCGAAUAUGCACAUGGAGGAACCUCGAAUACGGGAGGAAAUUCACGUCCGCGUGCUGCGUUUAGUAUCGGUGGAAGUGGAGCACAGACGCCUUAUUUCAGCGGUGCGCCUUCUUCGCCGCAUAGCCCUCGGACGCCUCCUGCGGAGAUUGCGGAGAGUGCGAUUUGGGGGAGGGGGUUGACGGAGGUGAAUUCCAGUGGUGGGAGUGGUGGUGGUAGUGGUAGUGGGGCGCGUGGGGAGGAUUUGGAUGGUCUGGAUGGGGUUGAACAGAGCGUGGGAGGUGUUCAAGAUGGGAGUGCAGGUGGUGUUCUAGAUGGAGAAAACGUGAACGCGAAUGCGGCGCCCGACUAUCGCGUGGCAUAUCAGGGAUGUGUUCCCCCGUUAUCGAGUUUAGCAGGUUUGCCGAGUUAUGAGGAGGCUGCUGGGUCUGGUCAACUUGAUGGGUUGGGGUCUGGUUCGCGUUUGAGUUUCGAUGGGAGACGUUCUCCGUAUGAUGGUGGUCAUUCUCCUCGUGAUGGUGGACACUCUCCUCGCGAUGCGCGGCAUCCUAGCUUGCACGACGGGCGAUAUCCUGUCCAGUACGACGAGCCACUUUCUACCUUGCAUGACGGGCGGCGUUCUGGCAUGCACGACGGUCUCCACCCAAUUCCACGCGAUGGGCCUUCUAGUACACACGAUGCACUGGAUGGUCUACGGUUGAGGGUGCCGAUUCCUCGGUGGAGGAGGGAGAGCGGUGAGGGAUCAUAGCGUUGAUGAAUGCCCCUCCCACUCGCGUUGCAUUUCGCGUGUCAUUCCUGCCGUGUCCUUCGGACAUUGACACAUCUCCUUAGCUCAAACUCAUACUACUUCACUCAACAUCGCAUCUCCUCCGUGGACCAAAAGCACUAUAUAUCAUCCCUACUCGACCAACUCCCUCAUCGCUCAAGAACGACGGACGUCCUUCCCAACUGCCUCGUCGUUUCAUUAUACUUGAUAACAAUAUUAUUUAUCUCAUCUUGCCUCCCCCAACACGCAUCCCCAUUCAUUAUAGUUCUCCGAGAGACAAUACUAUCUUUUGCCCAGAGUUGCAAAAUGGCCCGGAGUUGCAAAUCACGAUGUAGCACACUCAACUUUCACUUAUUUCCUUAGCACAAUGAUUCUAGAGGAUGAUUGAUCCAUAGCUAACUGCGUGUAUUUUUUAUUCUAUGAAAAAUAGACGAGAAGUGCUUGCGGCAGUGAAAC